UGUUCCGUGGCAUCUCUUUCCUAUGGUAUGUCUCGAAAUAGGUGGCCUAUUUGCUAGUAAUAAAAUGGUGCCUUUAAAGUUAAGUUUAUGGUUGGUUUGGUUUUUGUUGGGUGGAGUGAACUCCGAAUCGAACACUUGUUCCAAGGACGAUUUGAUGUGCUCUGGCGCUCAAUCACAACAUAUGAUCAAAGUGAUUCAAGAUUGGUGGGAUAGUUUGAGCGACAUCAAGAAGCCAGUGCAUUGCCAAGAUCGAAUAAAGAAUGUCCCAUGGAGCAAAAAACGCGCUCAAGGCAAAAUACUGAUCCAAGUUGUACAGUGUACAAAUCAGACUCGGCCCAUCCAAUUUCACUUCAAAGGCAAAGGAGUGGCAGGAAAUUCAACGAUCAACGGGCCCGGCAAAUUGAAGUUCGCCAACUUCUCCCUGGAUGAGGGCCAAAUAGAUGAAACCAUGUGUUUUAAGACAGCUCAAGUGAACGACGGUAAAGUCGUCGAUGUGAUUGGAACAUUUGUCAAUGGAACCAUCAACGGGCAUAGUAAGAUCAAAUUCGACAAUGGAUGGUCAGUGAUUGGCAGAUUCGUUAAGGGUGCCCCACACGGAUUUGCACGUUACUUCAACGAGGAGGGAGAAUUGUUCACGGUGGGCUACUUUCAGAAUGGGUUAGCCCAUGGAUUGGCAUGGUACAAACCCAGGAAAAUGGAUCUCUUCGUCUUCAAGAAUUGGGAUGCCACAUUACGGUCCAAUGAUCGGGCUCUUAUGAUCGUAAAUGGAACCCACGUUUUGGAUGGGCUGAAUUAUGACUAUAUAUCAUUUUAUGACGAUCUCCAUAAUGCCACGAUCACGGAUUUCCUAAAAACCGAGGACUGUAUGUUAGACCAAAUUAAGUGGGAGGUUGGAAACCAACUCGAUUAUCGCUAUCUUCCUGGGUCCAACACCAAUGAAUUGGCUAAAGUUCCAAUCAAAUUUACGCCCAACAAAUUUUGCAACCCCAAUGAUUCCAGACCAACUCGCGAGCGGCUCUUUGAAUGGAAUCAGCACAUUAGUUCGAAAUCAUUCCACCGAAUAGUCCUGGAACAUAAGCGCACUGCCAAUCCCCCCAGUAGAAAAGAUCCCAUGGUGAUUGUGGUGGAUCCAGAAAUUAAGCCUUGGCCGAAACCUAGGGAUCUGUUCAACGUCACGUGGUUUGGCAUGCCCAACAUAACUGUGAAACUCCGAGAUGGAGGUGGACUUGAUAUAAAUGGACGUUUUCAUGGAUUUGCGUCGUUGGAUGUCAUUUCUGCGCAUACACCCUUAAUUCCCAAAGUGACUGGAUUCAACUUUAGUCUCAUUACGAUACUUGGCUUCUUUCACCAUGGAAUUCCACAUGGCUUGGUCUACAUGGAUACAACCGAUGGCAGGUCUUUGUCAGGGUGGAUUGAAGACAAUGUCAUACAUGGACCUAUCUACGUUGGUGGUGAAGUUCCCAUUCUUCCGAUCACUGUCCCAAUGAAUGAGAUAAUGCAUUAUGUGAAGCCUGGCUUAGGCAUGCUGGGUCGUUUUGAGAGUGGUAAACCAAUUGGACCAAUUUGGAUUGGUAUGUUCGGGGGCGGUCGGCUUUAUGGAGAGCUCAACGCUGACCACGAGUUCACCGGAACAAAUCUGACCUUCAUUUAUGCGGACAUGGAAACCGCUUUGCAUGGACAGUUCGAGGACAAGAAAAUGAUCAGCACCCAAGAGGUGGAGAUCCUCGAGGAUGGAUGCGACGAAAAUGGCAUGAAAACCAUCACUAAAUGGAGUAAGCCUUCUGGACCGACCUUUUACUACAAAGCAUCCACCAAUGAGAGCUUUGGUGCUGGACCACCUAAUGUGGCCGAUCCAUUUGAGAGGAAAUGGGUCGAAUUGAGGAAUUCAACUUUGCUCGGAUCAGGCCAAGGAUUGUUCCUCAAGCAAAAGCCCUUGGGCGAUCAUUACAUCAGUUUCUACAAUGGCUUUAUGUAUGACCAAAAACAAGCCAAAAUUUACCGCGAGUGGUGCACUCAAAACACAACGAAAAGCGAUGAUGAAAGACGCCAUUGCAAGAAGUACUCGCUUGGCAUUUCGUACACGAAUGUUGUCAUCAAUAUUCCUCCCGAGUACGAUACUCCCGAUGUGUUUCAUCCAACUUUGGCACACAAGAUCAACCAUCAUUUCACCAAGAAUAACACCUAUUUCUCGGAUAUCGAGCAUCCGAGGUGGGGUAUGAUCCAGUCGGUUCGAAUGUCGAAUUACCGGACGGUUUUGCCGGAUAAAGAACUUUUUGGCUAUUAUGGCUACUCUGAGGCCGAUUUUCCCGAGGAUUUUCCAUGGUAUCACGAAUUGCGAAGACAAAUGGAACGAGAAGUCAGGCUUGAAAAAGAAGCUGCCGCCAAAAAGGCAGCCAUAACGAGCAAACCAAAACCUUGAAAAGCAUGAUUUGUUGACAAGCGCCGAGUUUUUACCCAAAACCAGUCAUAAAAAAGGGCCAAAUGAUGGUCCAUUGAAAAGGUCUGGGUACCGAAUUAAAGUUAUUUUUAUUUGCCUUUUCAUUCUUCAACAUCAAUGCAAAUGAGAGAAAAUUUAGUUGUUGUGAUUUCUACAAAUUACAAUACUGCUUUGAAUAAAUGUUAGUCUAAAAACGGUG